AUGGAUUCUCCAGUCGCUACAGGAAAAACGAAUCAAAGUUUAAUCAGAAACAGGACUAUGGAGAAAAAAGAUGAUACAUCUUUGCAUAUUGCUGCAAGAACAGGAGAUUUAGAUGUGGCUUUUGAGAUUUUAGGUAGUUACGAGGACGAAAAGUUGAUGGAAUUGCUAAAAAAGAAGAAUCAAUCGGGUGAAAUCCCUCUUUAUGUUGCUGCUGAAUAUGGUUGUGUCGAUUUGGUGAAAGAGAUGAUAAAGUUUUAUGACUCUGAAUCUGCAAGUAUUAAGGCUAAAAAUGGUUUUGAUGCCUUCCAUAUCGCUACAAAACAAGGAAAUCUUGAGGUGUUAAAGAUUCUAAUGGAAAUGAAUUCAGAGCUUUGUAUGACAUUCGAUCAACAAAACACCACAGCAUUACACACAGCUUCAGAACAAGGGCAUCUUGAUGUGGUGAAUUAUCUGUUGGAGAAAAAUAGCAGCAUGGCUAAUAUUGCAAGAAGCAACCUCAAAACCGCCUUACAUUCAUGUGCAAGAAAAGGGCAUUUAGAGGUAGUAAAGGCACUUACUCAAAAAGUACCUGGAAUUGUUGGUAGAGCUGACAAAAAGGGACAAACUGCCCUUCAUAUGGCUGUUAAGGGACAAAAUGUUGAAGUUGUUGAUGCACUUAUUGAAGCAGAUAAUGGCCUCAUAAAUAUGGUUGACAAAAAGGACAACACUGCAUUGCAUAUAACUUCACGAAAAGGUCGCACACAGAUAGUUUGGGCAUUGUUGAGACACAAGGAAGCAAUCAACAAACAAGCCAUUAACAAAUAUGGAGAAACAGCCAUUGACACUGCUGAGAAAUUUGGGCGAUCAGAAAUAGCGAUCAUCUUACGAGAACAUGGAGUCCCAAAAGCCAAGUUCAUCAAAAACACACAAUCACCAUUAACACCAAAAUCCCGCGAAUUAAAACAAACAGUAAGCGACAUCAAACAUGGAGUUCACGAUCAACUGGAACACGCAAUCAAAACUCAAAAAAGAGUAAAAGGAAUCGGAAAACGUAUCAACAAAAUGCAUCUUGAAGGUCUCAACAACGCAAUCAAUUCCACCACCGUCGUUGCUGUUCUAAUCGCCACUGUUACUUUCGCUGCCAUAUUUCAAUUACCAGGGCAAUACGUCGAUACCAACAAAAACAUUCCGGUUGACUUUUCUUUGGGGGAAGCGCACAUAGCUUCGAAUCCGGAGUUCAUUGUGUUCUUGAUCUUUGACUCUCUUGCCCUUUUUAUUUCACUGGCGGUGGUGGUGGUUCAGACGUCGAUUGUGGUGGUGGAGAAACGGGCGAAGAAGCAGGUGAUGGCGGUGAUUAAUAAGCUGAUGUGGUUGGCGUCUGUGUUUGUUGCAGUCGCGUUUCUUGCACUUUCGUUUAUCGUUGUGGGGAAUGAGAAAUGGUUGGCGAUUGGGGUUACGAUUAUUGGAUCGGUGACAUUGGCGUCGACGUUAGGGACGAUGUGUUAUUGGGUUAUUAUGCAUCGAAUUGAAGAGAAUAGUAUAAAAAGUCGUAGGCUUGAGAGGAGUAUGAAGUCGCUAUCGGGGUCGGUGUCUGCAUCGGAUUCUGAAACCGAUGAAUUCAAGAAACUAUAUGCUAUCUGAUCAUGAUUCAUGGAUGAAUUCAUGGUAUUGUUAUAUGUUUUGCUUCUUUUCGUCUUUUUUUUCCAAUUUCCCUUGGUAUUAAUUAUGGCACGAUAGAUACCACUUCAUAUGUACAUAUAUCCAAGAUCUAAUAUAAAAGUAGCUGAAAAUGAGAAAAUUGCUCUACAUGC